AUGUCGGCAGUCGGCACUCCAACGACCAAAAAGAAAGAGAAGGAAGAAGAAAAAGAGAAAAAGUUCCUAGGGUACCUCUCCUUCAAACUCGACUACGACUUCGACAAAAAUGCCGUAAGUUCUAUACAUAAAACGUUAUCACAACAUUCAUAUCAAACGAAUUUUUUAUCAAUUUUGUGCAAAAAAGGCUCAUUUUCAGCUUUGCACAGUGCAAUAACUACAAAAACUGCACCGUACAAUUUACUUUUCGAUUAAAAUUAAACCCAAAAUUUUAAAUUUCAUAUCAAAAAUAAUAAAAAAAAAUAAAAUUAAACUUUUCAGUUGACCGUGCUAGUCAUAAGUGCCGAAUCCCUACCGGCAAUGGACCUGGGUGGCACUUCAGAUCCUUAUGUGAAAGUAUACCUACUGCCUGAUAAGAAAAAGAAAUUCCAAACAAAAGUUCAACGAAAAUCAUUGAAUCCCGUCUUCAACGAGUCAUUUACCUUUAAAGUAAGUUUUAAAAAAGAUAAUCACUAUAAGAACUAUCUGUUACAAAAUAUUUUACAUUGAAACUAUAGUUUACAGCUCUUGUUUUAUAAAACAAGUCAAAGUAAACCCAACUUGAUAAAAGCAACAUUUCGAAGCCAACAAUUUGACACUCAAGAUGUACAGAAGAUAAAAUUAGAUCAUAAUUAUAAAUUUCAGGUGCCAUACAGUGAAAUCGGCGGUCAAACAUUAGUCCUGAACGUCUUUGACUUUGAUCGCUUCGGAAAACAUGAUCAAGUGAGUUUGUUACCUAAAAACUAAACUAAAAAGUCAAAAUCUUACCUUCAAAAUUGUCCAAUACCGGUAUCUUAUCUAUAAAGAUAACGAUCUAAUUUCCGUAUUUUACCUUCAAUUGAACUUCUUCCACCUAAACUUUCAUUUUCCUUCAUCUAACUUCAAUUAUAAAAUAAAUAAACUCCAAAAAAUGUAAAUACACGCCCAUUUCAGAUAGGACAAGUAUCCAUACCUCUGGGAAAAAUAGAUUUGGCCAUGACAAUCGAAAAACGUGCCGAAAUAGAAGCUCCACCAGUAAGUUAACAUCAAGUUUCGUAUAUUAUGUUUAGGAAAACCGACUGGGCGAGGUUUGUUUGGCCUUGAGGUAUGUGCCGAACAAAAACAAACUCACGGUAGUAGUGAUGGAAUGCAAAAACUUGAAGAAGAUGGACGUGCUCGGAUUGUCUGGUGAGUUUCAAGGGUUUAUGUAAGUAGACAUGAGAAACGGGCCGGGCCCAAUUUUCAGGCCCGGCCCGAUCGGAAUUUUGCUCAAGGCCGGCCCGGCCCGUUUCUCAUGUCUAUAUGUAAGGGCAAUGCACGUCUGUCUGAAAUGGGAAAUGACCAAUAGUGGCUUUUCGUUCGUUGCGAAUUGUUUUUAAAUUUUAUUUUAAUUUUAGCGCUGAAAUGUAACGAAAAGCCAGAAAAUUCCAUUUCCAAUUUUUGUUUUAUUUCAGACAGACGUGCAAUGUUAUAAUUUUUGACAAAAUUUUGUUUUUGGACGAAAUACCACAGAAAUUAUUGGAAAAUGUAUCAAAGUGUCACAAUUUUAUUGGAUUUUUAAAUAUAUGCUUAUUAUCUGUAAAAUACGAUGCAGAAAAAUUGUAAUACAGAGGAACUCCUGUAUAACGAACUCCUCUAUAACGAAAAUCCCGUAUAACGAACGACUUUUGAAUCCCCGUCUACCACUACACAGUGCAUUUAAAACUCCUGUAUAACGAAACUCCUAUAUAACGAACAAAUUUCAAGUCCCCGAGCGAUUCGUUAUACAGGAGUUCCACUGUAAAUAAUAUUUUUAAUUUAAUUAUAAUUUUUCCAGAUCCGUAUGUCAAAGUAUACCUAAUGGCGCAGAACAAGCGACUAGAAAAGAAGAAAACGACCAUCAAGAUGAAAACCCUGAACCCCUACUACAACGAGUCGUUCAGUUACGAUGUCACCCCCGAGAAGAUGCAGCGUGUCCAUCUACAUGUCAUCGUAUCUGACUAUGACCGAGUCGGAUCUAAUGAAAGGAUCGGCCAAGUUCUGAUUGGCACCCAGGCUUCUGGAGCUGGCUUAAAACAUUGGACUGACAUGUUGGCCACGCCCAGACGGUCUGUUGCCAUGUGGCACACGCUACAGCCAUUCAACGACGAUUGA